AUGACAGCUCGUCGACGGUCCAGCGCCUACAGGGAAGGCUUGCAGCAGAACGGCCUCACGUCCUUCGAAGUGGCUACAGGAGCGGCUCUGACCAACCGCUUUGGCGUCAUCUCGAGCUACGACAACUACGCGGUGCACGACAACCAGCUCAUCGCGACGAUCGACGCGGUCUACUGCAACGGCUUCCUCGUGGUCAACGGCAAGUUCCUCAUCGGCGCGCAGGAUCUGCUGCCCUUGAUCGUCAUGAAGCUCACUCGAGUGCGCUUCACCAACAUCUUCGUGCACGAAAUGGACAAGAACACGGUGAAGGAGACGUCGAUGCUCGUGUACCCGACGACGAUUGCGUGGAGCGAUCUGCUGCAUCUGAAUGUCACCGCGCUUUCUUAG